AUGGCACCCCUCCAAGAAGCCGCUCUCAACGACUCGCUCUAUGGGAUGCCCGGUAGCGAAGCACCUGCAGUACGACCAGACUCCAGCAGUCCCAGUCCUCCUCCCGAAGCAGAAAGCGCUCUCGAUACCUGUCGAAUAUGUCGCGGCGAAGCCUCAGACGAUCAACCACUAUUUUAUCCGUGCAAGUGCAGUGGAAGCAUCCGAUAUGUCCAUCAAGAAUGCCUAAUGACAUGGCUGUCUCAUUCCAAGAAGAAAUACUGUGAAUUGUGCAAGACUCCUUUCCGCUUCACCAAGCUAUACGAUCAAUCCAUGCCGGCAACCUUGCCAUGGCCUCUGUUCGUCCGUCAGCUUGCGCUCCACUCCCUCUACACCUUGGCGACAUGGGCUCGGUACACCUUGGUUGCCAUGGUCUGGUUGAUAGCCCUUCCAUGGUGCAUUCGACAAGUUUGGCGGGGGUUGUUCUGGCUUGCGGACGGCAGCUGGCUACCAGAGAGUCAGCGUCGUAUGCGCGAAGCAAACGAGACGGCCGUUCCCAAUGAUGUGGUCUCCUUGGUCGCAAACAGCUCAGCCGAUGCUGCACCUAGUCCUGCCCUAUCAGUGUUCAAUUCCUUCCUACAUUGGCUGUCGGGCGAGUCGCUGUCUGCGAAAGUUCUCAGAAUUCUGUUUUCCAUUCCGCCGAUUCAGCUGGGAUCUUCGGACAGCGAGCGACCCGUCAAAAACACCCGGCCCGGAGCGAUUCAUCGCCAACCUUCUCUGCUCUCCGAGGUAAAAUUUGUCAAGACGUGGACGUCGUCUAGCCUGGCCAACAAUAUUUCCAUCGAUGUCAUGGAAGGGUUACUGAUCUGUUUGGGCCUAGUCGCCAGCUUCAUUCUGGUUUUCUUGAUCCGCGAAUGGGUCAUCAAUCAACAGCCUAUGCUCAACAAUCAAGAUCCGGAAAAUGCUGACAAUCCUGCCGUCGCCGCUGCCGCUGAUGAGAUUCGGGCCCAACGAGCUGUGCGACGCGCAAGGAGAAGGAGGGCUGGCAUCAGGGAAGCCGAUCCAGUGGCGGUCGAACCGCCUGUCGACUUUCGUCCAGUCCGUCCAGCAGACUUGUUAUGGCGACGUGCGUUGACGGAAGAUAACAUUGGUGUUCCAGCAGCUACAAAUCAAGAACGCCCAGAUCUGCCCGCUCGUGCACAGACUUUGGCGACUCCCCUACCUAUAUCUGAUCAACCGAAUGGCGAAGCUAGUACACUUGAAUCAGAAGAUGGCGAAAUCGCUCCUCAACUGCUGAGGGGUAUGGUAGGCGAUGCCGUUGAUGCCCGCAGAACUCUCGAAGAGAGUAUGAUAUCGGGUGUGACCGGCGAUGGAAAUGAUGAUGAUACUUCUGAGUCAAUUGUUGCAAACUUCUCUCCGCUCGAGAUGGAUGCUGAAGAAGACUUGUGGACGCAAGGACCCUCUUCCGAAGCUGUUAACAACCGUCUUCCUACACUACCGCCGGACCCCCCUACCGAUCGAGAGACAAGCGGAGAUGACACACACAUGAAUCCUGGUGUCAACACUGUUCGGUUCAGGGAUAACGUCAGCAUCAUUGAUGAAGACCUAGCAUCUACAGGGCCGGGGAGCGCACUCCCCGAAUCUAGCGAGUCUGACUCUGCACCGAACUUACUCACACCCGAACCAAGUGACGAAGAAGUAGCUGACAUCGCUCCUAUCGACAGCUCUGUAUCUGCUGGAGAAGAUUCUUUGCAUGGACAGGAUGCCGAAGAAGCGCCGCAAGCUCUCACAUGGCUAGGUCAAUUGGUGGCCUUCUUCUGGUUUGUUGAAGGCGUGCCGGACCCUGACUUACAUCAAGAUCUGCCCGACACCGAACGAGUCGUCGAUCAGGCACAAGAAGCGCUUGUCGGGCCCUUUGCUCCGCCUGCCAACCGAGGCUUUGCAGUUCUUCCUGAGCCACCGGCUGAUGAUCUUCGAUUGCAAGCAGGCGAUCUACCUGCUGGCCUGGACCUCAAUGAUCCUAAUGCCAUCGAAGAUGCUGAAGAUCUUGAGGGUGUCCUGGAACUCAUCGGCAUGGAAGGCCCGCUGGUAGGAAUGGUGCAAAAUGUCGUCUUCAGCUUGCUCCUUAUCAGCUUGACUCUGGCUGCCGCAAUCUGGAUUCCAUACAUAUGGGGGAAGAUUGCGCUGAUAUUGUUAGCCAAUCCGGUCGCAGUCGUGUUCAAGGCUCCCAUCUACCUGAUCACGCAUUUUGUCGACCUUGUUGCUGACAUUGUCUUCUUCGUACUUGGCCUACUCGGCAUAUUAUUCAACAUUCUCGCCAAAACUGUCAAGUCGGCGACAGAACCAAUUAUUCCGGCAUAUGCCAGGCUGCUCGACACCGAGAGAUUUGAAGAGCUUGCCGUCAAUGUUACACAUCAGAGCGGCAGCAGAUUGGAGAGAGUUCUGACUGAUACGGUAACAAUCUUCAGCCCAGACCUUCCCACAUUCUCUAUGCAAUCCCAUCGGGCCUUGACUAGCUUUAAGGCAUCGAUUGGAUCUCUAUGUGCGAGCACGGCGGACACGCUCACAAACGGCUACUCCUCGAUAGUCUCUUCAACGUGGAGCGUUAGCGGGCUUGCCGACGUUGUCAGUCGCAUCGCGUCUGUGGUGCCUCAGCUACCCUCGUAUGUCGGUAACUGGAUCAAGGCCCUCCUCGUUCAGUUCAGAGCAAUUCUCCGACCGCAGCUUAAGCCGUUGACACUGGAGAACAUGUCAGCACAGGACCUUGCUCUUGUUAACUGGAGUACCCAGGACAAGAUCAUCGCGAUUGUGCUGGGCUACAUUUUCUUCACUGUCGCGGGCUUCCUGUUCAUGAAGCUUACGCACAUUUUUCUGGGCUUGAAGAAAGACGAGAAGGUGGAAGGGCCACUGGCUGACCGUCUUCGGGAGGCCGGGGGAGUCAUGAAAGUGAUUGUCAUUAUAGGCAUCGAGAUGAUUGUCUUUCCCCUUUACUGUGGGCUGCUCCUGGACCUGGCCUUAUUGCCGCUUUUCGAAGGCGCAACCGUUACGUCGAGGUUCGGGUUCAUUAUGCGGGCACCUUUCACUGGCCUCUUCCUCCACUGGUUCGCUGGGACUUGCUACAUGUUCCACUUUGCACUUUUUGUUUCAAUGUGCAGAAAGAUUUUGAGGAAAGGUGUACUAUAUUUCAUCCGAGAUCCCGACGAUCCGACAUUCCACCCUGUACGGGAUGUCCUGGAGCGGCCUGUACCAACACAACUGGGCAAGAUCGCCUUCUCUGCUCUUGUCUACGGUGGACUUGUAAUAAUGUGUUUGGGUGGUGUGGUCUGGACCGUUGGUCGCGUCAGCAAUGUCUUACCAAUUCGCUGGAUAACGCCGGAGCCUCGACUCGCGUUCCCUAUCGAUCUGAUCUUCUUUAACUUCAUGCUUCCCUUUGUGCUCCGGAAGAUCAAGCCCUCAGAGAAAAUUACGGCUGUAUAUGAGUGGUGGUAUCGUGGAGUAGCUCACGGACUGAGGCUGAGCCAUUUCCUCUUCAACGAUGAAAGAGAGGACGAGAAACGACCGCGGAUCAAGAAUGGCAUCCUUUCAUGGUACCGACCAGGCGCCAAGGAUACGCAGCCUGAGAAAGAAGGCACUUACGUGCGUGCACCUGCAUCGGACUCUUGUCGAAUUCCCAAGAACUCGAAAACCUUCGUCGAAGUCACUGAGGACAAUAAACGCAUCGAACCCGGACCGGAUCCCAAAUACGGAUUGCACGGCAGGAAGAAUGAGCUGUUCACCAAGAUCUGGCUGCCUCCUCAAUUCAAAGCGAGAAUUGCUACCUUCGUUGUGCUACUCUGGUUGUUUGCAGCUGGUACUGGCGUCGCUUGUACUGUUGGUCCACUGGUUGUUGGCCGACAGAUAGUCAAGCUGAUGUCAGGUGCAGAAGGGCAUGUCAACGAUCUUUACGCUCUCACAUUGGGAAUGCACUUGCUGGGCGGCGCAAUAUAUCUUGCGACUCGCGCAGUCCCCGCCUACCGCUGGGUGUCUGGGAAGGCUCGUGUCUCCUUACCAAACCCAGUUCAUGCUCUGAGUCAUGCCUGGAACACGCUCAAAUACGCCAUGGGAAUCGCCUACCUAGCGGUCACGUUUGGGCUCAUCUUUCCUUUCACACUCUCUCUGAUCACAGAAUUGUACAUCCACGUCCCGCUGUUUGCUUUCUUCAUCGAUCGCGAGAAGUUCAUUGCUUCAGCACCCGACAGUGCGGACGCGCAAAUUGUAUCAGCCGCUACGACUCUGACCGAAUCCGCAUCCGCAUCCGUCGGCGUCAAGGGCAAUUUAUCAGUCCUAUUUCCGCCCACCAUCUUCGUCCUGCAGACCUGGACACUUGGACUGCUCUAUUUGCGACUCGUUCUCCGCAUUGCCAUGAACUAUCCCUGCCCGCACAGUCGCAUGUCCACUGCUAUUCAGUUGAUCGUGCGCGACGGAUUUUGGCGACCAAAUAUUUGGUUAGCCACACGAGCGGUCGUCAUACCGCUUACGUUGCUGUGCGCCGUCCUUUUGAUCGCACCACUAGGUUAUGCCCAAUUCCUGGUCAAGUUAGGCGGUCUCACCGAAGCAGAAGAGAUCACUCGGGCUUACCGCUUCGCUUACCCUGGCCUGUUAGGCUUGGUUGUGGUGGCGUUGGGGGUUUGGAAUCUGAAGCAGCGGCUGGCAGCGUGGAGGACGAUGGUCCGGGAUGAAGUGUACCUCGUUGGCGAAAGAUUACACAACUAUGCAAGUCACGCGGUGGAGAGAAGAGACAAAGGGAAGGGAAAGGCAAGAGAGCAUUCACCUCCACCAGGGUUGAUUGAGGAGGAAAAUGAGCUGCCCAUACCAACGACGGAGCAGACCGAGCAUGCACCACCGCCACCUAACGUGAUGGUGGAGGGUACUUUGGCGAAUGACUGGUGA